AUCUGGUCGGAACCCGAGCUCGGACGGAGGACGGCCGGGGCCGGCGGGGCCCCUCCCGCCAAGGUGGUGCGCUCCGGGCGGGGCCGCGCAGUCAGGCCGCCUGGGCUUCCAGUCCCGGGACCAGUCCGCCGCGAGCUGCGAUGCUGUCACCCCUGUCCGCACUCCGCCGCGCCCUGCUGGCCCGCCCCUGGAGGGCGGCCGGGCUGCGAUGGAAGCACAGCCCGUCCCUGAAGGUGGCCAACGAGCCCGUCUUGGCGUUCACGCAGGGCAGCCCCGAGCGAGACGCCCUGCAGAAGGCCCUGAGGGACCUGAAGGGCCAGACGGAAGCCAUCCCCUGCGUGGUGGGGGACGAGGAGGUGUGGACGUCGGACGUGCAGUACCAGCUGUCGCCCUUUGACCACAGACACAAGGUAGCCAAGUUCUGUUAUGCGGACAAGGCCCUGCUCAACAAAGCCAUCGAGGCUGCCCUGGCCGCCAGGAAAGAAUGGGACUUGAAGCCUGUGGCAGACCGGGCCCAGAUCUUCCUCAGGGCAGCAGAUAUGCUGAGUGGGCCGCGCAGGGCCGAAAUCCUGGCCAAGACCAUGGUGGGGCAGGGCAAGACGGUGAUCCAGGCGGAGAUCGACGCCGCGGCCGAGCUCAUCGACUUCUUCCGGUUCAAUGCCAAGUUCGCGGUGGAGCUGGAGGGGGAGCAGCCCAUCAGCGUGCCGCCCAGCACCAACAGUGUGGUGUACCGGGGGCUGGAGGGCUUCGUGGCGGCCAUCUCGCCCUUCAACUUCACCGCCAUCGGAGGCAACCUGGCGGGGGCACCAGCCUUGAUGGGCAACGUGGUCCUGUGGAAGCCCAGCGACACGGCCAUGCUGGCCAGCUAUGCUGUCUACCGCGUCCUCCGGGAGGCUGGCCUGCCCCCCAAUGUCAUCCAGUUCGUGCCAGCCGAUGGGCCCAUGUUUGGGGACACUGUGACCAGCUCAGAGCACCUCUGUGGCAUCAACUUCACAGGCAGCGUGCCCACCUUCAAACACCUGUGGAAACAGGUGGCCCAGAACCUGGACCGGUACCGAACCUUCCCGCGCCUGGCUGGAGAGUGUGGUGGGAAGAACUUCCACUUCGUGCACCGCUCGGCCGACGUGGACAGCGUGGUGAGCGGGACCCUGCGCUCGGCCUUUGAGUACGGGGGCCAGAAGUGCUCAGCCUGCUCGCGCCUCUACGUGCCCAGCUCCCUGUGGCCGCAGAUCAAAGGGCGGCUGCUGGAGGAGCACAGCAGGAUCAAAGUGGGCAACCCUGCAGAGGACUUUGGAACCUUCUUCUCUGCAGUGAUUGAUGCCAAGUCCUUCGGCCGCAUCAAGAAGUGGCUGGAGCACGCGCGCUCCUCACCCAGCCUGACCGUCCUGGCCGGCGGCAAGUGCGACGACUCCGUGGGCUACUUCGUGGAGCCCUGCAUCGUGGAGAGCAAGGACCCCCGGGAGCCUAUCAUGAAGGAGGAGAUCUUCGGGCCCGUGCUGACGGUGUACGUCUAUCCGGAGGACAAGUACCGGGAGACCCUGCAGCUGGUGGACAGCACCACCAGCUACGGCCUCACGGGGGCAGUGUUCGCCCAGGAUAAGGACGUCAUCCAGGAGGCCACAAAGAUGCUGAGGAACGCGGCCGGCAACUUCUACAUCAACGACAAGUCCACGGGCUCCGUGGUGGGCCAGCAGCCCUUCGGCGGGGCCCGAGCCUCUGGAACCAACGACAAGCCAGGGGGUCCCCACUACAUCCUGCGCUGGACGUCGCCCCAGGUCAUCAAGGAGACCCACCAGCCCCUGGGGGACUGGCGCUACUCGUAUAUGCAGUGACCCCUGAGCCGCCCGUCACCUCUGUCCCUCCAGACCACUGGCCCACUGCACUGACCCGCCCAGCCCCUCCUCUGGUGCCCUGUGGACAGCUCCCCUCGGAGCCAACCUGGACGCCCUCCUGGCCGCUGACCAUCCCUUGCCCCUUGGUGUCGGGUGCCUGGGGCUUGGGUUUGAGAUCGUGUGGGGAGGAACAGGACACUGUCCCCUCUCCUGUCGGCCACCCUGAAGUCCUGUCGGCAGGGACGACCUGGUCACUGUCCCCUCUCCUGUUGGCCACCCUGAAGUCCUGUCAGCAGGAACGACCUGGUGCCGGCAGGUUCUGUGUCACCUCCCUCUCCCCACACGGGGCUGGUGACUCGGGCCAGGGGAACAGAGGGACAGCUGUUGGGACCCCGUGGGAAAGGAGGCAGCUGUCCCAGGUGAGGGCGGCCGGGUGGCACCAGCUGGCCUUGCCCCCUUGCUCGCCUUCCUCACUCUGUGUCCAGACCACCGAGCCGGCCCUGAGCCCAGCCAAAUGCCUUACAUGCCGUGCCUUCCUCCAGGCCGUCACUCCUGGCCACCUGCCACCAUGCUGUGCGGGAGUGACAGUCCUGCGUUGGCUGUGACUUUGGACACCUUGGGUGGCCUUCGUUCUUGGGCUGUCCUUUAUCUCUGCAGUCCCGCCCACAGACACGUCCACUUCAGAGCCCGUCUCGGGCCAGGAGUUCCCUGCCCCUUGACUCCCAGAGCCCGGGCCCUGACCUGGCCAGGGAGGCUGCCUGUGGCUCCCCGAGCAGCUGUCCUGGGUGCACCAGUCCAUGGCCGGGGUGACUCCCCAGGCUGGGUUCUGGGUGCUCAGAGGAGCGACUUCCAGGCCCAGGGCAUGCUGGGUCCUCCAGGGCCCCUGCACGUGACCCAGGGAGCUGGUGUGGCUGUUCCCAAGCGCCCUGAUUGACACCGUGGCCCACGGCUGGGCG